AAAACAAUAGGCAGCAGCUUUAUCACAUUCACACACCUGUUUCUGACAGAAGCUCUGCUUUGCUGAAAUUAGAAGAAUAAUCAAUGACCUGUCAAGGUGGCCAAACCGGCUUCAUGAGCCCAGCGGUGGAUGGUGAUUGGUGAAAGCCAGGCUGGCGGAUGAGCCAUGGGGGGAAGUCUGCUCUGAGAAGCAUAGAUUUCCUCCCUUCAAGAAGGCAGUGGCAUAGUAAGAAAGCCUGCUAUGUGUGUGGAGCUACAGCCUUCAUCCAACCAGUGAUCUCGUCAUCCUGUAUUCACAAGCGGGGAAGCUUUAACCUAUAAGGGAGGUUUGAAGAGACUUCUGGACCUGAUUCAUCUGCUCCUCAGAAUGUUACUGUGUCUGCAAGAUGUUUCUUCUUAUCAUCCGCCCCAGUCUACAACCAGCUCCGGAUGGUCUCUAGGCUGGUCCUCCAUGGUCUAUUCAGUUGCCUGCGUGAUCCACAGGCUGUGGGUGCCAAUGUUCUGGCUGGAUGUGGACAGGCUGCAGCACCUGGAGCUCCAGGCUCUGCCUGAGAAAGCUGUCAUUGGAGAAAGAAAGGCCCCAGGAGCAGGGUCCAAGGCCAGGCCACAGAGAACACCAGACAUGAAAGGCCUCCUCACACUGGCUUGGUUCCUGGCUUACAGUGUGCCUGCCGUGCCAGGGGGCUUGCUAGAACUGAAGUCCAUGAUCGAGAAGGUGACUGGGAAGGAUGCCCUGAUGAGCUAUGGUUUCUAUGGCUGCUACUGUGGCUGGGGUGGCCGAGGGAUCCCCAUGGAUGGCACGGAUUGGUGCUGUUGGAUGCACGACCAUUGCUAUGGGAAGCUGGAGAAGGAAGGCUGCAACAUCCGAUCACAGUCCUACACUUACAGAGUCACACGGGGCCUGGUCAUCUGUGAAAUUGGGUCUUUGUGUCCAAUGCAGCUCUGCUCCUGUGACCAGAAGCUUGCCUACUGCCUGAAGAGAAACCUGAGGAGCUACAACCCUCAUUACCAGUAUUUCCCCAACAUCUUCUGUGGUUAGUCGCCCUCAGUGGGCACUCACACACACAGUGCCACCAGGGCAACUGGGACGGUCCUCUGGUACAGCACGGGGCUCCCACUCCAUGGGGUGCUCGGACCUCAUUCUUCCUCCGAGUUCCGUCGGGCUAGGAGGAGCCCCAUGGCCACUCAUAACUCUCUGAAGGAUCCCAAGAGAGGAACUGGCCUAGGACUUGCCAAGGUCCCAGGGACUCUGGGACUCCACUUGUUUGGUCAGCCCCUCAGGAGCCAGGGACGCAAUUCAUUUUCAGUUUCAGCAGUGAGAUUAUCACCACUACCCUCCAGGGACUUUUCGCUCAAGUAGAAGCAAAAUUGACUCCGUAAAUCUGUCAUAUAGAUAUUAAAUAAAAUUCAUUCUCAAGGCAAAUAAAAACCACACAGCCAGUUUCUCUGCUGUGGGGGUUUGCCGUCAGACCCUAAGCCCAACAUUAAUUGUGUUCACUCAGAGUACCAGAGGGAGAAUUUGAGGGAUGAGUUUCAGGCCUUCUCUUGGGCUCAUUUCCUUGAACCUGGGGCCCUCCCAGCCAAGCACUGGGUCUCACCCUUCCUCAGGAAGAUGCGGGGAAGGUAGCUGGAAGUCCUACCAACUUGGGCUUCUAGGCCAGAGAGGACAGCAUCAAAUCCCAGAUGGCUUCUCCCAUAGUGUGGUCUCGGCUCCAUCCCUGAACGUCUCUGACUUUCAAUCUCUUUGAAAAAGCAAUCACUGUUCCUUGCAAGGUAAAAUGAGACUCCUAACACCCACUUUGAUGUGGAUACGGGGGAUGCUGAGGUCCUGGGAUUUCAUUGUACAAGAUUUUUUUUAAAACUAUGGUUCAACUAUGGUGUUUAUUUUUACUGAGUAAGGACACUUAGAUACCCAACUCAUCUAUCAAUUUACAAAAGAAAGGGCGUUCUGAUACCAAGACUACAGCCAGAAAGGUCAUAUUCCAAAACAAAAGAGAAUCCUUUCCAAGAAAAGAUGUUUGGCUUCUUUACACUGACAUACCUAAAAAUAACCCCAUGAUAAAUGGGAUCUAUACUUAAAAGUCUUCAGUGUCGAACAUUUUCUGAGUAAAAUUUAAUUACGAGAUUACGCUGAAUAUACUAGAGUUUUGAUGUAGACUCGGUGCUAUGCUUAACACCGCAACAUAGGAUGAAGCUCAAAUGCCCAAUUUGCUCAUGGAAUUUUUAAAAAUCAAAGCCAUUUCCCAGAUCCAGUUUUGAGUGCCAGUUUUUCUCCAAUUGCAACAUCCUGAGUGAUGGGAAAAGGCUCCAGGGGAAAUUUCUCCCUUCUCCCAUCAGGGUCCAGUGUCAGGCAGGAUGGGGUGUUGCUGGUAAGUUCUGCAGGAGGGGGCUGUGGACCUGCCCAGUCACCAGGGAUCCCAGCUCAGAGCCCGUAUCCAAGCAGCUUAGACCAGCAGGGGAUGCUGUGAGGUUACGAAAGCAACAUCACAGUCUGACUAAUAAAAACACAUAGGUGUGGUUGAGUUUGAAGGGCCGUGGGGAACCUUUAUUUAUCUAGUAAGUAAUUGGGGGCCAGAGGAAUGAGGAGAUGUUCCCAAAGUCACACAGCACAUCAACAGGAGACGUCAGAUUAGACUUCAGUUCCUGGCUGUACUAAGCCAUGGGCUCUGCCCAUUCACCCACACUGUGUUCAAGAAAAUGAAA